UGUUACUGAAUCUUGGAACCAUAAGCACAUUGAGAGUUCUGUGUUCUGAUGAAGGUGAUGAUACCGAGUCUUGAUAAGAUCCAGCAAGCAAUCAUUCACCUGGUGCAUCUGGUGCUGGAGGUGAGCCGCGGCGUGGCAUGCUGGAAACAGGAUUGCCGCUCAGACGACGUUGGAAAGUCUGGAUCUGGGCGGCUGAGGAACUUCUUCCAGAGUGUUUCUGAAAACAAGAAUGUGUGCAAGCCUGUAGGACUUCUAAUGUCAGGGGUGAACCUCCUGGGUAAACAGCCCGGAGAUGUGCUCAGUCAGUUCAGAGCCUUCAAAGUAAUCUGGGAUCAGGACCGAGACGACCAAGUCAAGGAAUUCAUCAGUAGCAACCCCGACCUAUACCUGAUAAAGGAGCAAAUUUUACACUAUGAAACGGUUGAACAGGAGAUCGCGGACAUCACGCCCAUCGUCGUUUUAGGUGGAAUGGAAUUGUCAACAGCUCCACUGAAGAUGUCCCUGAGUGUGGAAGCGAAAGCCUGGAAACUGAUGCUGUGCAAGUACGUACAAAAGGAAUACAAGAAGAAGCUGAUGGACAUGAUCGCUUUCAUUAGUGAGCAGCAAAAAAAACUCUCACGCCCUAUAGCUGACCUGGACGACGUGAGAUUCGCUAUGGAAGCCCUGUCCAAUAUCCGGGACUCAGAAAUUAUAAUGGACAUGACCAUGGGGCCCAUCGAGGAAGCCUAUUCUAUACUAAACAAGUUUGAAGUGGAAGUGACGAAGGAGGAGGCCGAGGGUGUGGAUACACUAAGAUACUCUUUUGCUAAACUGCAGUCCAAAGAGAGAGCAGUCCAGCAUGAACUGGUCAGUGCGCAGCCCAAGUUGAAAGAGAAUCUCCUGGAAUCAGUCGGCACGUUUCAGAAUGACUUGAUGACUUUCGGCCAGAAGUAUGAAACGGAAGGCCCGAAUGUUUCAGGCAUUUCACCUGAGGAGGCCAGCAUCAGACUUCAAAUCUUCCAGACUGGGUUUGAUAACCUGUGGAGGAAGUUCACCACAUAUUCUUCUGGAGAACAGUUGUUCGGCCUGCCCGUCACUGAAUAUGAUGUUCUACAGAAAGCUCGGAAAGAGCUCGGGCUUCUUCAGAAGCUGUACGGCCUCUACGAUGCGGUUAUGAAUAAGAUCAGCGGCUAUUACGAAAUCCUCUGGACCGAAGUGGAUAUUGAAAAGAUCAACACGGAGCUUUCAGAAUUCCAAACCAGAUGCCGAAAGCUCCCCAAAGGACUGAGAGACUGGCAGGCGUUUUUAGAUCUGAAGAAAAGGAUCGAUGACUUCAGCGAGUCGUGCCCUCUCCUGGAGAUGAUGGCUCACAGAGCGAUGAAGCAGAGACACUGGGAACGCAUCGCUGACCUGACGCAGCACAAGUUUCACGUGGAUUCGGACACGUUCUGCCUUCAAAACAUAAUGGAGGCCCCACUGCUGAAACACAAAGAAGACAUAGAGGACAUCUGCAUCUCAGCAGUAAAGGAGAAGGAUAUCGAGGCCAAGCUGGCACAGGUGGUUGAUUUAUGGUACAGUCAGUUGCUCACAUUUAUGGCUUUUAAAGGCAGAGGAGAGCUGAUGCUUAAAGGAGCUGAGACGGCAGAAAUCAUCACUGCCAUGGAGGACAGUCUGAUGGUGCUUGGAUCACUUCUAAGCAACAGAUACAACACUCCUUUUAAGAAAGACAUCCAGAACUGGGUUUUUAAGCUCUCCACAUCAUCAGACAUCAUCGAGCAGUGGCUGCUUGUUCAGAACCUGUGGGUGUACCUGGAGGCCGUGUUUGUGGGUGGAGACAUUGCCAAGCAGCUUCCACAGGAAGCGAAGCGCUUCCAGAACAUCGAUAAAUUAUGGAUAAAGAUCAUGCAGAGAGCCCAUGAGAUCCCCAGUGUGGUGCAGUGCUGCGUGGGAGAUGAGACCAUGAGCCAGCUUCUACCUCACCUGCAGGAGCAGCUUGAACUCUGCCAGAAAUCUCUCACAGGCUACCUGGAAAAGAAACGACUGCAGUUCCCCCGCUUUUUCUUUGUGUCCGAUCCUGCUUUACUGGAAAUCCUCGGACAAGCCAGUGACUCUCACACCAUCCAGGCUCAUCUCCUGGGAGUGUUCGACAACGUCAGUGAGGUGGAGUUUCAUGUCAAGGACUACGACAAGAUUUUGGCGGUGAUCUCUCAGGAGGGCGAGAAAGUACCCCUGGACAAACCAGUAAUGGCGCGCGGUCCUGUGGAACUCUGGUUGGGAGAGUUACUGGUGCAACAGCAAGCCUCACUGCACUCAGUCAUAAAAGCAGCUCAGCUGCAGAUUAAUGAGCCCGACUUCCAGCUCCUCACCUUCCUUAACCAGGUCCAAGCUCAGGUGAAAAUGAACAUCAGGUCCCUCGGUGACUUUGAAUGGCUGAAGCAGAGCAGAUUUUAUUUCCGGGAGGAUCAGGAUCACGUCGCAGUGUCGAUCACGGACGUCGACUUCAUCUAUCAGAACGAGUUUUUAGGCUGCACGGACAGGCUGGUCAUCACUCCUCUUACAGACAGGUGUUACAUUACCUUAGCUCAGGCGUUAGGUAUGAGUAUGGGCGGAGCUCCUGCUGGUCCGGCUGGGACGGGCAAAACCGAAACCACCAAAGACAUGGGCCGCUGCCUGGGGAAGUACGUCGUGGUCUUUAACUGCUCCGACCAGAUGGACUUCAGAGGACUGGGCAGGAUUUAUAAAGGUCUGGCUCAGUCUGGGUCCUGGGGAUGCUUCGAUGAGUUUAACAGGAUCGACCUGCCCGUGCUGUCGGUCGCUGCACAGCAGAUCCACAUCGUCCUGAGCGCUCGCAAAGAGCGCAAAGCUCAGUUCCUCUUCACCGACGGAGACUGUGUGGAUCUGAACCCCGAAUUCGGACUCUUUAUUACCAUGAACCCGGGCUACGCCGGUCGCCAGGAACUGCCCGAAAAUCUAAAGGUGCAGUUCAGGACCGUUUCUAUGAUGGUUCCUGACAGACAGAUCAUCAUGAGAGUCAAACUGGCCAGCUGUGGUUUCAUCGAGAACGUUAUACUGGCUCAGAAGUUCUUUGUGCUUUAUAAACUGUGUGAGGAGCAGCUCACGAAGCAGGUUCACUAUGAUUUUGGGUUGAGGAACAUUCUGUCGGUUUUGAGGACUCUGGGAGCUGAGAAACGGGCUCGACCCUCAGACUCUGAGUCCAGCAUCGUGAUGAGGGUUCUGCGUGACAUGAACCUCUCCAAACUGGUGAGAACCGUAACCAUUGCAGUAUCAGUACUAAAUGACGCCACGGAAAGGACCCACGUUGUGCUCCUGGUUUUGGGGAUCUUCAUGCACCCUGCUUGUGCUGCUACAGGUGGAUGAAGACGAGCCUCUGUUUCUCAGUCUGAUCAGUGACCUGUUUCCUGGGAUUCAGCUGGAUAACAGCACCUACGCUGAGCUGCAGGCUGCAGUCGCCACACAAGUGCAACAAGCAGGAAUCGUUAAUCACCCGCCGUGGAACCUCAA